UCAUGGCGCCGACGCUGUUCGCCUGAGCUACAGUGCGAAGCUCCGGGACAAGUCCACAGCUCGUUCAGCUCGCUUCCAGGCACCGAGGGCACGAGUACACCGAUUCACCGUCGGAAGCAGCUGGAGAUGAAGGGGAAGGAGCGGUCGCCGGUGAAGAAACGUCCCCGGGCGCUGGAGGACAGCAGAGACCGGGGGGGGAGCCACCCGAGCGGCAAGAAGAGCCUGUCCACUGCGGCUAGCAACAACAGCAACGGCUCCGCACACAGCGCUGCCUCCUCCAGGAGAAGUGUCCACGGAGACAAGAGGGACGCUAGGGACCCGGAGGCACACAACUCCUCCGGGAGGAGCGGCAGCGGCUACGAGUACCGAGCCGUCCCGGGGAGCAAGCCCCACGUUGCCGCUGACAUCGCCGCGGAAGUAGCCCGAUCCUCCGCCGCCUCAUCACGCUGCGAGCCGCGGCCUCCGUCCAACCCGGAAAGCGAGUACAAGACCCUGAAGAUCAGCGAGCUCGGCUCCCAGCUGAACGACGAGGAGAUCGAGGACGGGCUGUUCCACGAGUUCACCAAGUUCGGCGACGUGAGUGUGAAAAUGAGCCGGGAGAACGACGAGCGGGUGGCGCUGGUGAACUUCCGGAGGCCCGAGGACGCCCGGGCGGCCAAGCACGCCCGCGGGAAGCUGGUGCUGUACGACCGGCCCCUGAAGAUCGAGACCGUGUACAUGAACCGACGGAGGAGCCGCUCCCCUGUGUCCAAAGACAGUUUCCCCGCAGGACACCGGCACCUCCACUCCCAGAGGCCGCUGUCCCCCACCGGCAUGGGCUUCAGGGACUACAGGCUGCAGCAGCUGGCCCUGGGCCGGCUCCCUGCUCCUCCACCUCCUCCACCUGUCCCUCCACCGCCUCACCUCAGAGAGCUGGAGAGAGAGAGAGACUUCCCUGUGUACGAGGCCAGGAACCGACCGCCCUUCGUCCCCGAGGGGGCUGUUUUCCGCGAGAAGGACCCGAUGACCCCCGAGGACGACCAGAGGGCAAACAGGACGCUGUUCCUGGGCAACCUGGACGUCAGCGUGACGGAGAGUGACCUGAGGCGGGCGUUCGACAGGUUCGGCGUGAUCACAGAGGUGGACAUAAAGCGGGCCACGAGAGGCCAGAGCAACACCUACGGGUUCAUGAAGUUUGAGAACCUGGACAUGGCUCACCGCGCCAAAGUAGCAAUGUCAGGGAAAGUGGUGGGCCACACCCCGAUCAAAAUUGGCUACGGCAAGGCCACGCCCACUACCAGGCUGUGGGUGGGGGGUCUUGGUCCGUGGGUGCCGCUCGCUGCUCUGGCCAAGGAGUUUGACCGCUUUGGCACCAUCAGGACCAUAGACUACAGGAAAGGGGAGGUGUGGGCUUACAUCCAGUACGAAAGCCUGGACGCUGCUCAGGCGGCGUGCACUCACAUGAGGGGCUUCCCCCUCGGCGGUCCCGACAGGAGACUCCGGGUGGACUUUGCCGAAACAGAAGUCCGCUAUCAGCAGCAACAGUUUAUGCAGCUUCCUCUGCCGCACUAUGACUUGGUUAAUGAGCCCUUUGUCCACCGUCUCUCGGACCCGGUGAGAGUGAGAGACCGGUCCCCUCCACAUCCCGCCCGCUUCAGAGACAGAGAUCCGUACGUCACAGCCGAGUGGUCCGGCCUGGCCGUGCACGACAGGACGCGAGGACCGGCCUUUGACCCCGUGGAUCGUCUGGAGAGGCGUCCGCGGGAGCCCUGGACAAUAGAGCAAGAACGGGAGCUGCAGAACCGAGAUCUGGGCCGCAAAAGGAGACAUUUGAAUGAUGGCUGGUGGUUGGAGCCUGCACCCGAUAGCUGCGACUAUGGUCUGCGUCGGCAUGGCAACUCGCUAGAACGAAGCCCAGAAGGGAGCAACCGGGAUGGGGCGCGCCACGGUGACCCCGAACGCCUGCCUCGCCCGGGCAGACCCUCCCCUGUCAGAGAGCGGCAAAACCCUCAGGACGCCGGCUGUGGAGACAAGAGAAGGAGAACACUCAGCCCAACUCAGCCGGGCUCAUUCUUGGAUAAAGACAACAAACGCAGAGCUAGUGACUCAGCCAAGAGCCCAUUGAAGAAGGAGGUUCGCUCAGAUCAGCCCUCCUCUUCCUCAAAGACCAAGGUGACGGCUGAAGGACAGAAGCUGAGUCAGGUCUGGCAGGGUGUCCUCCUGCUGAAGAACAGCAGCUUCCCCACAUCACUGCACCUGCUGGAGGGCGACAUCGCCGUGGCCACCGGUCUGCUAGUGGACGGCUCCACCGGGGGUCAAGUGUCCCAGCUGAAGAUCAGCCAGCGCCUGCGCCUGGACCAGCCCAAGCUGGAGGAGGUCUCCCGUCGGAUCCAGGCCACCAGCUCCAGCGGGUACUCCAUCCUCCUGGCCAUGCCCGGAAAGGACGGCGGCGUCCAGGAUGCCAGCAACCCCAACGAGAGGCCACUGAAGAACCUGGUGUCCUACCUGACGCAGAAGGAGGCGGCCGGCAUCAUCAGCCUCCCCGUGGGCGGCAGCUGUGACAAGGACCACGGAGGAGUCCUUCACGCGUUCCCCCCAUGUGAGUUCACACGGCAGUUCAUGGAUGCCUCUGCCAAAGCUUUUGCCAAAUCAGAGGACGACUACAUGGUGAUGGUCAUUAUCAGAGGAGCAUCAUGAAAGAAAAAAAAAAAUGUAUGAAUAUGUCUUUUCACACUCAUGAACUGUUUCACCGUGAGUUGGAAAAACAGGGAAACGACAGAGCAGAAUAAGAGGAAGUGACAGGGCUCAGAUUUUUAUGUUCUCUAUCCUGCAGAGUGGCCUGGUUCUCAUCCUGUUGAAGGUUUAUAGAAAUGAAAGCUACUGAACAGGUUUUGACAAAUUGAUAGGUUUGAUUAAAUAAUACAGGUGACAUGUUGCCUUCUGAUCCUCAAUUACCAUAUAAAUGUACAUUACUUGAAAGGUACUCUGCUGAAAGAGCAAGCUACAGUUCUGUGAAUCAUUGCUAUAUGUGAAUCAUGACUAUAUGUUGCCUUAUCUCAUUCAAAAAGACAGUUUUCUUAUAUCAUUUCAUGAAUUGCCUGACUAUAAGAAAAAAUAAUUUAAACUCCAACAGCUUUCAGAUUUCAUUUGAUCUUUACUCAGCUUGGAUUUAUUCUUUCCUGUCUUGACAAAGAUUUUUUGCAGUUGGGCUUCAAAAUAAUUCAGCUAAUGUAAGUGAUAUUUCCUCUAGCUUUACCCAUUGCUCAAUUAUAACUUUUUGCUGACAAAGUAAGAACCUGAUAUUCUAAAUAUUUCGUCAUUCAAAGUUUCAUUAUGAAUUAUGAGUUUGCUGUUUUUGUCACUUCUGGUAACUUCUGCUUAAAGCUACAGAAAAUAUGUAAAAGUCUUUAUAGUUUUAUAAGGUUUAUAGUUUAAAACUGCAGUUAUGUCAGUGCGCCUCUCUGAGCCACAUCUGGAGGUUAUGUGACAGGACCAGAUGAAAUGAAUUUAGUAUUUGCCGUCUGUUUUUCACAGUGUUCAUUGAACAUCCAUGUGUAUGGUGUGGACACAAGCAAAACGAGCCUGUACAUUGUAAUGCAGCCCAGCACAGUCCUCUAACUAAAAACUAGAAUAUCAUGUCCCAACCUUCAAUCAAGUUUCGUGUAAAUCUGUUCAGUAGUUUGUGCGUAGUCCUGCCAACACACAAAUGAACAGGCGACAGGAAAACAUCAGAUCUUAGAUGAUGGAAAUUGUCUUUUUGUAAACAUUGUUCAAUUUUUUUUUUUAGAACUGCAGACUUCUCAGCUCUGUACAUAUUGACAUCAUAGUGUAAUCUUGUUUUUUUUUGGUCUGCGUCAGCCUCCAUGUUUAUUUAUAAUUGAUUAUUUGGUUUAUAUAGAGUGAUGCUCUUUUUCACUCGUAAUCAUGGCAGUAGAAGACAAAAAGAAAUAUUCACAUAGCAGAAACUCAAACCAUCAAGAAGUUUUAACUUAUAAUUUCAGCAAUAUUAUAAGAGUUGACCAAACUUGCCAAAGUCUUAAGAAAAUUAAAUAUUACAAGCUCUACUGGGCUAAUACAUAUUAGUCCCUCAUUCUGAAAUGCAUUGUAACUCAGGGUUCCUUUUACUUGUGUCCCCUCCCUUUGUCAGUGUUGUCCUAUCAGCAUCGCACUCAAUAUGGUUGAACAGUUAAUGUUUGAUUGAAAUCUACACUUGUUCUCUUGUUAAAAAAAAAACCCUAUUACAUUAUAAUCCACUAAUUACAGCAGUUACCCCAACAAAGCAUGUACUGUUAAAAAGAGAGGAUGUAACCUAUAAAUGAAGAGUUAUAUGUAUUCCAUGCACAUUUCUAAUAGCCGGUCCAGAGUAGAUAUGUUGAAAAUACUUCCAUGCUAUCAGUGAACUUUCCAUGUAAUACACAUCUCUGAAUCUGCAGAGGAGGUGGCUGCUCUGCAACCACCUUCUCUGAAAGGACUGUGAAUGAUCAGUUUUUUGUGUUUUGAUUUGAGUACUGUGAUUCAAAUGGAGAAAAAGAAAUGAUUUGUGCUGUAUACUCAGGAUAUCUGGAGAGACAAGGAGAACAUCAAUGCUCAUGGGCCUAAGAAGUAUACGUAACUGUCAGGAAAAAAAAAACGCAAAGUGCAUCACGCACUUGAUAGAUUUUUGUCUCAAUAAAUUCACUUUUUCGUGGGAAACACA